AUGUCAGUAACUUCAAGCACUUCUACUGAACUUCGUGAUGGAAACUUAAAGUAUCCUUUUAUUAACUUCAAAGAAAUUGUACUUGCAACAAACAAUUUCUCUAACUCCAACAUGCUUGGACAUGGAGGUUUUGGCAAUGUUUACAAGGCGACAUUAGAAGAUGGUACAGAAUUUGCUGUGAAAAGGCUUAGUAAGGGUUCUGGACAGGGGGAACUGGAGUUCAGAAAUGAAGUAAUACUCAUUGCGAAGUUGCAGCACAAAAACUUGGUUAGACUUCUCGGUUUCUGCAUCCACGGAGAUGAGAAACUAUUGAUAUAUGAAUACUUACCUAACAAAAGUCUGGACGCCAUGCUUUUUGAUGCCACAAGAAAAUCAAUGCUUGAUUGGCCAAUAAGAUUCGAGAUAACCAAAGGGGUAGCUAGAGGACUUCUUUAUCUUCAUCAAGAUUCAAGAUUGAAGAUAAUUCACAGGGAUCUCAAAGCAAGCAACAUAUUAUUAGAUGCCGAAAUGAGCCCUAAGAUAUCUGACUUUGGUAUGGCAAGGAUAUUUGGCGGCAAUCAGCAGCAAGAAAAUACCAACCGCGUAGUUGGCACAUAUGGUUACAUGCCGCCUGAAUAUGUUUUGAAAGGAGUGUUUUCUGUCAAGUCUGACGUAUAUAGCUUUGGAGUUUUACUACUGGAGAUUGUGAGUGGCUCAAAGAUCAGCUCGGUGCACCUAAAAGCAGACUUCUCCAGCAUUAUAGCCUAUGCAUGGAGCUUAUGGAAGAAUGGGAACACAAAGGAUUUUGUUGACUCGUCAAUUGUGGACAGCUGUUCACUUAAUGAAACUAUACGGUGCGUCCAUAUCGGUCUCUUGUGUGUUCAAGGCAGCCCAAAUGCGCGGCCUCUCGUGUCGUCAAUCAUGUCCUUUCUGGAGAAUGGAGAUAUAUCACUUCCACCUCCAAAAGAGCCUAUGUAUUUUGCAGAAGAUAACCAUGGUGCUGAUGGAGCAGCAGAAAAUACUGUGAAUUCUAGAAAUAACAUGAGCAUUACAGCACUAGAGGGACGCUAG